AUGGCCGACAACUUCGCUCCCCCGGCCGGUCCCCCGCCUCCCAAGGCCCCCGAGGUCCCUCCCGGCUGGACCGCCCGCUGGAACGACCAGUACAAAGAAUGGUUCUACGUCAACCUCCACACAAAACAGUCCCAAUGGGAAAAGCCCACAGAACCGGCACUCCCGCCUCCCCCUCCCCCCGGUGAUCACGACCACCCGGGCGGUCCCCCUCCCGGCUACGCACCGAGGCCAGGCGACCAGCCGCCCCCCGUCGUCGACGCCAAGCCGAACCCCUACGAGAACCACAGCGCGACCCCGCAACCCGGCGCCGGCGGCCCCUCCAACGCCAUGAGCGAAGACGAGCGCCUCGCCCGCCAGCUCCAGGCCGAAGAGGACCAGCGCAACCGCGGCUCUCACUCCCCCAUGCCCCCCGGCUACAACCUCCAACAGCAGCAGCACCAGCAGUCCCAGAGCCCCUUCCCGGAACAGCUUCCUCCCCGCGUUCAGGAGCGUGGCAAGAGCGGCGGCGGCUUCCUCGGCAAGCUGCUCGGCAAGGCGAAGACCGGCGGCAGCGGCGGUUACCCGCAACAGCAGCAGCAGUACGGAGGUUACCCGCCACAGCAACAGUACGGCGGAUACCCGCAACAACCGCAGUACGGCGGCUACCCCCAGCAGGGCUACCCGCCGCAGCAAGGGUACUACCCACCUCAGCAGCCCGGCUACGGAGGAGGCUACGGCGGGUACCCGCAGCAGGGAGGCUACGGCCGCGGCGGUGGCAUGAUGGCCGGGGGUGGUAGGAAACCCGGCGGCGGAGGCAUGGGCAUGGCGGGCGGCCUGGCGCUCGGUGCCGGUGCCGGUCUGCUCGGUGGUGCGCUCAUUGCGGAUCACAUCAACGAUGAGCAGCACGAGGCGUAUGCCGAAGGAUACAAUGACGGAAAUAACAACGACGACUUUGGCGGUGGUGAUGACUUUGGUGGCGACGAUUUCGGCGGCGACUUCUGA